AUGCUGCUCUAUGUGUUCAGAAGGGAUACCCUGGAAAGAUGCUUCAAAGGACCACGCUCCAGACGCUCUAGGUCAGGAAACACAGCAAAUGGCCAAGCGAAUGGCAAUGCCCCGAAACAACCAACUACACAACCUCCAGCAACACAGGCCACACCCCCUCAGGCAAUGCCUACAUAUCCACCAUCCUCUACCUCAGGACCCAGGUAUGGAGAAAACAACAAUUGGAACCAACCUCCUGCCUCCCAGCCACCUCUCCCCCAGCAAGGCCCAGGUGUUCCCAAACCCAUCCCUCCCAAGCAUUAACCCUGACAGGAACACCCUAACCCUGACAGGAACACCCCUAACCCUGACAGGAACACCCCUAACCCUGACAGGAACACCCCUAACCCUGACAGGAACACCCCUAACCCUGACAGGAACACCCCUAACCCUGACAGGAACACCCCUAACCCUGACAGGAACACCCCUAACCCUGACAGGAACACCCCUAACCCUGACAGGAACACCCCAGGAACACAUAAUGGGGGGCUCUUCCUUUAUUCGUUAUUGUAAAUUUCAUAUUUGUAUUUUACUCACAUUUGUAUGUUUGUUUGUGGAUAUCUAAAAAUAAUAAUAAUUUAAAAAACAUUUUAUUGCAGGAACAUGAUUUGGUGACAGGGACUUUUUUAAAGAUAUUGUUUUUUACAUUAUUACCAUGGAAAUUAAGGUAACAUAUUUUGUAAUAAAAAUAUACAUAUUGUUGAUAUUGUUCAGUUCCAGAAAGGCUCAAUUUAUUUUAUGAGCGGUUUACAAGAUUUUUAAAAAAAUAUUUAAAUGUUACUCAUAAUAAAAAUUUAA